AAGCGAUAAAAAACAAACAGGGCAGGCAAUGUUGGCUCAGCAGCCGCUGUGACACGAGAUGACUAAUCCUACGGCGGCCAUUUGGCGCUACAAUGCUUGCAAUGCUCUUUUACCACACCAAAUGGAAGUGACUCCAACCUGCAACGGCGUGAUAUAUAAUGACAUCUCGAACUUGAUUAGCUUUUGUAUCAAUCUGAUAUGCCUGUCCCCCGCUGCCAACUCCCCAGCAGCAUCGAUUCGCCUCUCAUCUUUAGGCAGACACAUAUAAGACUGUGGCGACUUCGAAUCGAACUCCAACAUCAAAGAAACCGCACCCAGGCCGGCCACCCCGAACAAAUUUCUUCUGUUCUCAUUAAAAAUGAGGUUCAAUAUCGAUGAUCUCCCGGUGCUCUUCCCAUAUGCGAUGAUAUAUCCUGAACAAUAUGCCUAUAUGUGUGAUCUCAAGAGAACGCUCGACGCGGGAGGCCAUUGUGUUCUGGAGAUGCCUUCAGGGACAGGAAAGACCGUAUCUCUCCUGUCCCUGAUCGUAGCGUAUCAGCAAUACUAUCCAGAGCACCGAAAAUUGAUCUAUUGUUCACGUACCAUGUCUGAGAUUGAGAAAGCUUUGCACGAGUUGAAGGCACUCAUGAAGUAUCGAGCAGAUGAACUUGGCCACGAAGAAGAAUUCCGAGGUCUUGGCUUGACGAGUCGAAAGAAUUUGUGUCUUCAUCCGUCCGUAAAGCGCGAGAAGAGUGGUGCUGUGGUGGAUGCAAGGUGUCGGAGCUUAACAGCCGGAUUUGUGAAGGAGAAGAAGGACCGAGGAGAAGACGUACCAGUUUGCAUCUACCAUGAUAAUUUGGAUCUUCUCGAACCGCACAACUUGAUUCCGAAUGGUGUCUGGACUUUCGAUGGGCUUGAGAAGUAUGGCGAAGAGCACAAGCAGUGUCCAUAUUUCACAUCACGACGAAUGAUGUCUUUCUGCAACGUGAUCAUUUACUCUUACCAUUACUUGCUCGAUCCAAAAAUCGCCGAACGUGUAUCAAAGGAACUAUCCAAAGACUGUAUCGUCGUUUUUGAUGAGGCACACAACAUCGACAACGUCUGCAUCGAAUCCCUCAGCACAGAUAUUACUGAGGAUUCCCUGCGUAAAGCAACUAGAGGUGCUCAGAAUCUCGAGAAUAAGAUCUCAGAGAUGAAAGACAGUGACGCAGACAAGUUGAAGAACGAGUAUGCAAAGCUAGUUGAAGGUUUGAGGGAUGCGGAUGAAGCUCGUGAAGAGGAUGCAUUCAUGUCUAAUCCUGCUCUUCCAGACGACCUCUUGAAGGAGGCCAUUCCUGGGAAUAUUCGGAGAGCAGAGCAUUUCGUAGCAUUCUUGAAACGAUUCAUCGAGUACUUGAAAACUCGUAUGAAAGUCCGACAGACCAUUUCCGAAACGCCGCCAUCCUUCCUUGCCCAUCUGAAAGAAUACACCUUUAUCGAAAAAAAGCCACUCAGAUUCUGUGCUGAAAGACUGACUUCUCUUGUAAGGACCCUCGAGUUGACCAACAUCGAAGACUAUCAGCCACUGCAGGAAGUUGCAACGUUUGCAACGUUGGUGGCAACCUACGAGACGGGAUUCGUCCUUAUAUUAGAGCCAUACGAGUCCGAAACAGCAGAGGUCCCCAACCCAGUUCUCCAUUUUACAUGCCUAGAUGCCGCAAUCGCGAUCAAGCCCGUUUUCGAUCGAUUUAGCUCUGUCAUCAUCACAUCUGGAACCAUAUCUCCUCUGGAAAUGUACCCAAAGAUGCUUGGCUUCACAGCUGUAGUACAAGAAUCAUAUCCAAUGACACUCGCGCGUAAAUCUUUCAUACCGAUGAUAGUAACUCGAGGAUCAGAUCAAGUACCUAUAUCGUCUGGAUUUCAGGUGCGGAAUGAACCCGCUGUUGUUCGAAAUUACGGACACCUCCUCACAGAGUUCGCAAAGCUCACGCCGGAUGGUAUGGUCGUUUUCUUCCCAUCCUAUCUCUACAUGGAGUCAAUUAUUAGCAUGUGGCAAGGAAUGGGUAUUCUAGACGAGGUCUGGAAAUACAAACUUAUACUUGUUGAAACGCCUGAUGCACAAGAAACCUCUUUAGCUCUCGAAACAUACCGCACUGCUUGCGACAACGGAAGAGGUGCAAUACUGCUCUGUGUUGCAAGAGGUAAAGUCAGCGAGGGAAUCGAUUUCGACCACCAGUAUGGGCGCACUGUGCUCUGCAUAGGUGUGCCGUUCCAGUACACAGAGUCUAGAAUCUUAAAGGCUCGUUUGCAAUUCCUCCGCGAGAAGUAUCGGAUCAGAGAAAACGAUUUCUUAUCGUUCGAUGCUAUGAGGCAUGCUGCUCAAUGCCUGGGUCGUGUGCUGAGAGGCAAAGAUGAUUACGGAAUUAUGGUACUUGCAGACAAGAGAUUUCUAAAGAAGAAGGAUCAGUUGCCAAAGUGGAUCGACCAAGCCAUUCUGGACAGCGAAGUAAACCUCAGCACUGAUAUGGCUGUUGGUGCAGCGAAGAAAUUCUUGCGAGGAAUGGCGCAGCCUUUCAAACCGAGGGACCAAGAGGGCAUCAGCACAUGGAGCUUGAAGGAUUUGGAGGACCAUAAGGAGAAGAAAGAAGAGGAGAGUAUUCGAGCAUUGAGAGAAGCACAGCAGUCAGACGCAGCAGGAGAUCGAGAAAUGGGGGGCGUCAGCACUGGAACUGCAGCGGGCACAGACGAUUAUGGCUUUGAUGAUGAUGACGAAUUAGAGGCCUCCAUGAUGAUGGACAUAUAGAUAGAAUGAGACUGGGAGCUCACUGCAGCUCAGAUUGAAACAAUACAGAUGUUUGAGCUGGCAGCACGGCCAAAUAUAUUAGAAGCUUACUUACCUACAGGCAAGGUUCUCUCGCCUCGCAGGGUAUCUACUUCAUGCUCUUGGCCAGUGCCCAGAAAUUCUCCAUCUUCGCUCUCUGCAACGUCUCGCGAGCUGCGCUAUCAGUCUCACAAACUUUGCUUCCCCACUUUCUGAAUGCUCGAGUCUUUUGUUCUCCUUCAAAGACCAGAACACAUUUAUUCAAAGUCAUAUCCUUGAGCUCUCCCCUUUCAUCUUCUGCCUUGAGCCAGUCCUGCAGCGCUUCUGCCUUUGUGCCUUCUUUGAUCCUGGUUGGUGAGUUCUCAGUCCAGUCGAUACGCUGGAGCAUGAGCUUCCGAUAUUGUCGAAUACUAUGCUCACCGCCCUCAACAACUACGACAUUGAAUCGGGGAUGCAUGAUACAAACACCGGUGAGGGCCAUUUGCUCUGCAUUCUUGGCAAUCUUAAAACGAUGACUUCCAUUAGCCAGGUUGUUGAUUUUGAACACCAUUAAAUGUAUUCCCUUGGCAGCAUCAUUCUCUUGGUUCUUGGCUAGCUUAUCGUGCCGCUGCUCCUUCGUAAGCUUGCGAUCCUCGUUCAUCUCCACAUGUGUCUGGUGUCGGGCUUCAAUCUCUCGAUUUACUCGAGCCUCAACUGCAGUUGGAUCCUUCACUGCCUCUUCACCCAGUACCCUCAUCAAAUUUCCUUUCUUCACCUUGGGCGGUGGAGCCGGUUCCAGACCAAGUCGAAUCUUAGCUUGUUGCUCCUUCAAGUCGGCCAUUCUUCUUUGACGUCGCAGCUUCGCUUGCUCUUUGGAUGUAAGGAACAUGGGCUUGGGGGCUGGCAUAUUCUUUUCUUGUGGUGGCUCCAGAAGGACGGGGUGCUGGAUAUAUUCGGUGAUGAUUGAGUCGGCAGAAUCAAUUUUCAACCUCUUGGGGCUAUCGAUAUGGUCGUAAUUCUCGCCAUCAACCAAGCCUUCAUCCCACCAUUCGAUACUCGGUGGCGCUUCCACCAAAUAGUUCUUUUCUGUAUCGAGAUCCUCGUCAAUUCCAAUCUUCCGUGACGAUUCCGCGAUACGCUUUUUCAUCGCCUCAAGGGCGGUUUGUCUUCUUAGGGCAUUCGCUUGCUGAAUGUAUUUCCCCUUCUGAUUGAAUACCAACUGUCUCGAAUGUCUAUUUUUCAACGUCGCAGUCUGCCCACCCAAGCUAAGGUCAAAGUAUGGAUUAUUCCGUGUCUCCUCAGCUGAAGGUCCAGAAAGGUCGAGUUGCUUCUUGCUUUUGACGGGAGAGUUUUCUGGUUGAAGUCGCGCAUUUCCGAUGCUGGUCGCAAACUUCGGUGCUAUAUUUUUUGAAGGUUUGUAUUGUCCAAGAUCUUGGAGAGCUGGAUGAAGGUCUACGUUCAGACCACCUCUGGCAGUGACUGAAGCAGGAUGCUGGGAGAGAUUUAUGCCAGCCUUUGCUUUGCUGCUGCCAACUGCCGCCGCAACUCUCGCCUUCAAGGAUGCAAGUUUCUCUGCAGCGGACUCAGGCUUGCCGACUCGACUGGACGCAUCGCGACGGGGAGCCAGAAUGGGGGAUGCCUUGCCGCGAUCCAUUGUAUUAUGGCAUGCGCUAUCUGGCUUCUCCAAAGUUUUCGAAUGAUGAUUAGGCUACUGGUUGUUGCGAAUAGGUCUGAAAGGGAGGCUCUGUGGCGCAGUAUAAGGUUUAAUGUUGUGUCACAUGAUGUAGUACCUGCUCCACC